CUCUCUCUCUCUUACACCACAACCCCACCAACUCCUCUCUUCUUCUUCUUCUCUUUCUCUCUGUUUUUGUCAUUCUGUCUGUGUCUUCAAUGGCAGCUCUGCAGUCCCUUGCAUUCACCUCUCCACUGUCUCACUGUUGCAAGCAAUCUCCUCCUCUCUCGGGCUUGAGUUCUUGGGCUGUUCACAGAAGUGCACAUUCAUCAUUCAAUGGCCGGUCUUUGCACCUGCCUCGUCCACAGUGGGCUGCACUCAAACGAAGUUCAUCAACAUCUGGACUCAUUACAAUGAUGGUCAAACCAACAAUUCAAUUCAUCCAAGGAACUGAUGAACAGACAGUACCAGAUGUGAGGCUGACCCAAUCAAGAGAUGGCACAAAUGGUAUGGCUAUAUUCAAGUUCGAACAGCCUUCUGUUUUUGACUCAUCUGGAGAAGUUGGAGAUAUCACUGGCUUUUACAUGAUCGAUGAGGAAGGGGUUCUCCAGUCAGUUGAUGUAAGUGCCAAGUUCAUCAAUGGAAAGCCUUCAGGAAUUGAAGCAAAGUAUGUGAUGCGCAGCCCACGAGAGUGGGACAGGUUCAUGAGAUUCAUGGAGCGAUAUUCAAAUGAGAAUGGGUUGCAAUUCGUCAAAAAAUGAGGCAAUGUAUAUCCUUCAUUCCAUCUUAUUCUUCCACUUUCAUCUGCCACCAAGUUGAGUUUCUUUUUAUAAUUUAGUUGAAAUUUGAGAAACUUGGUUGAUGCCCAUUUUUAUUUGAUGCAACUACUGUAUUCUCCAUCUAUGAUAAUUCAACAAGCUUCAAUGUUUUUGCAAAAUGUUUUAUACACUUUAUGGUCUUUUGUACAUGUGGAGUAGAGAUGGCUCUUGCCUCAAAUACUUGUCUAUAUAACAAAUUAGUUUGAUUGAAAGGAAA